AUGACGCUCAAAGACCUCCUCCGCAAAAAAGACAAGAUCAAGGACGCCGGCGCCUCCACCAGCGCGAAUGCGGCUCCGCCAGCACCCCCACCCCCGACGCAAGACAUCCCCGAGAUAACCUUCAUGCGCACCACGACGACGACGCAAGAGCUGAUCCGGCCACCCUCCUUCCCAGGCGACCACGACCCGCCCGAAAAGCCAAAGGAGGGCCACCGCCGCCUCUCCCUCUUCCGCAAACACACCCCGACGCCCUCGCCCUCGCCCGCAGCGCAAGACGAAAGCAAGCGCACCGGCUCCAUCGGCGGCAGGAGACCAAGCAGCCCUCGCAGGCCAAGCGACGUCGCAGCAGCGGCGGCGGCGACGGGUCUGGCCGGCACAGUGACGCUCCCGGAGCGGCCCAAGAACGAGCGCAAGCUGAGCGAGCGGCUGCAUCUGGGGAAUAGGGCCAGGAGCAGCAGUUCGGUGAACAUUCCGCUGGGUCUGCAGGACGAGGGGUUGAAAGCCGCGUCGGGCGAGGAGGAGCAGGAGGCGCGGUGGGAGGAGCGGGCGACGCUGUUGGCACGGGCGGGGAAUUCGGUUGCGCAUGGGGCGGGUGGGAGCGCGACGAAUCUGGAGGCUGGGGAGGGGGGGAGGAAACGGAGUGUCAGUGUUGGUGAUGCGAGGGGCGAUGAAAAUAUCCAGGAGGCGAUCAGGUUGCACGAAGCUGGCAAUCUCGAACAGUCAACCGCCAUGUUUGGCAGACUGGCAGAUCCGAAGGGCGCAAACAACCCGCUCAGCCAGGUGCUGUACGGGCUAGCUCUGAGACACGGCUGGGGCUGCGAACCAAACCCCGAGCUCGCAAUAACAUACCUCUCCUACGCCGCCUCCAACAGCUCCGAGAUCGAGGCCCUGGCGCUACAGGCGGGCAUGAAGAAAGGCGGCGCCGCAAAAGGCGAGCUCGUCCUCGCAAUCUUCGAGCUCGCCAACUGCUUCCGCAACGGCUGGGGCAUCAAGAAGGACCCUGUGGCUGCGAAGGAGUACUACGAGACGGCGGCGAACCUGGGCGACACGGACGCGAUGAAUGAGGCGGCGUGGUGCUAUCUGGAGGGCUUUGGAUGCAGGAAGGACAAGGUGAGUGGGGUGCUUCUUUCUCUUGCCGUGCAUCUUUGGUAUAAGCGAUCGAGUGGAUGGGGGAACGAGGGAAGGAGGAUUUGGUGA